CCGCGCGCGACCCGUCCCGUCCGGCGGUCCUCCCCAAAUCCCCCAAACCGUCUGCUCCGCCGCCCGCGAAUCCGGCCAUGGAGGCCCUGUGGAAGCAGGCCUCCAGGCUCAAGGAGCAGGUCGCGCGCCAGGGAGUAUUUAAGCAGUUUGGGGCUGGUGCCUAUGGAAAUUCUGAUAAUCCGUUUACAGACGAAUCAGAAGUUAAACUACACCAGAGACUGGAAAAACUUUACUUAUCAACUCGUGCUGCCAAACAUUUUCAAAGGGACAUUGUUCGGGGUGUGGAGGGCUACAUAGUGACAGGAUCUAAGCAAGUGGAGAUAGGGAACAAAUUGUCGGACGAUAGCCAGAAAUACGGCAUUGAAAACACAUGUACAAGUGGUAAUACUUUAUCCAGAGCUGCUACAUACUUUGGAAAGGCACGUUCACUCAUAGAAAAGGAACGAGGGAACAUGCUUAAAGCAUUUGGUACACAGGUGGCUGAGCCGCUACGGGCAAUGGUAAUGGGUGCCCCUCUGGAGGAUGCUAGACAUCUAGCCCAGAGAUACGACAGAAUGAGGCAAGAAGCUGAUGCUCAGGUUGUUGAAGUUUCGAGACGCCAAAACAGAGUAAGAGAAUCAGCUGGGAAUGGAGAAGUUAUAUCAAAGUUGGAAGCAGCUGAGUAUAAACUUGAAGAACUGAAGUCAAAUAUGGUGGGAUUAGGAAAGGAAGCUGUUUCAGCAAUGGCUGCUGUAGAGGGGCAGCAGCAAAGAUUGACAUUACAACGUCUCAUUGCAAUGGUUGAGGCCGAGAGAGCUUACCAUCAGAAUGUUCUGGAGAUACUUGACCGUUUGGAGGAAGAAAUGGUGUCUGAGCGCCAAAAAAUCGAAGCACCUCCAACCCCUGCAGCAGAAAGUUAUAUGCCACCACCACCAUCAUAUGAUGAAGUUAAUGACAUGUUUGCGUCCACUUCUGCUGAUCAGUCAGUCAACUCUGUGGAUUUCUUCUUGGGAGAGGCCCUCGGUUCCUUCAAGGCUGAGAGUGAGUUUGAACUUAACUUGUCAGUUGGCGACAUUGUUAUCGUCCGACAGAUAUCAAGCAAUGGUUGGGCGGAAGGUGAAUGCAAGGGGAAAGCAGGCUGGUUCCCGCAUGCUUAUAUCGAGAGGCGCGAGCGUGUUCUAGCGAGCAAAGUUCCGCACAUUUUCUAGGAGUUGGAACAUAUAUAGGUAUAGGUGUUUGAUUUUAAUAGUUGAACAGUGUCUGUCUCCACCCCUCCCCUAUUAGCAGGCUCCUACAGUAGUAUUUCUUAAUGUAAGUCAUGUGUAUAGAUAAAAUUUUCGUCCUGUUAAGACAGGCUGUGAAGAUGUUACAUUUCAAAACACUGAAGCGAGUUUUGUGUUUGUUGUUUGAA